AUGUAUCUCGGCUUGUAUUUUGCAGAGGAAGAGCAGCUCGCACAGGAGGACAAGGCGUUGUCGCAGCUCGUUAUGUCCACCGACCAGGACGACACCUUCGACCCUGUCGAUACUGAGGAUCUUUUGGCUCAGAUGAGUUCAGGUAAGCGCAGCUUCUCAAUCGGAUUGAUCAAGCACCAGCACCAGCAGCAACAGCAGCAACAAACACCAGCCCGACCUGAACGAACAACAAGAACAAGAUCUAUCGUCUCUCGCGGAAUGGAGCUUGACGAGGACACGGAUAUGGCCCAGCUCUUUGCCGAACCCAACCUCACUGCUGUCGAAAAGGCACAGCUGAUGGCCCGGAGUGAAUACGAGUACCAUCGCUCGUUCUUGGCGAGAGAAUUGCCAACUCUCCUGAUCCAGAUGAACACUCGACAGGCAAUAGUCCAGGUCAUCCCCAUCAUCCGCAACUUUUCACUGGACCCCAUGGAUACCGUCAGAGAGUCGUUGGCUUCCCAGCUGGACAAGAUUGUGCUGCAUUUCUAUCAGAACUCUAUUAUUGAUCACACCAUUAAUGCAUCCCCGACCGACUACAGCCUCCACACGGAAAACAUGCAGGACGACGACGCCGAAAGCGGCACUUCACAGAACGACCAGGAGCCCGGCCCUCCUCCACCUCUCCCACAUGACAUUUUCACGCCCGUCUUCUUGAACCUGCUACUGGAUCAAAACGCAGACAUUGCCCACCAAACUCGACUCGCCAUUGUAUCUGUGGCCGAGAACAUACCGGACAAUGUCAUGGAGAGCGAGAUCCUGCACGGCAUUAUUACUGGACUGGAACGACUAUAUAACCCCGACAGCUAUGGAGGACUUGAUAGCGACCCCUUUGCAUCGCACAGAGACGAUCAAGAUGGAGAAGCAGAGCUAGGCAAAAUGCUCGUCGUUGUGCUCCUCACAUCGCUGGCGACACUAUUGGGACCGGAGCGGUGUACCACCGUCAUUAUUCCUACUCUCGAGCGGUUCAUGGGCAACUCUCAGUUCUACGUUCGCAAGGUCAGUGAACAUUUUGCAGGACUCUUUGAAAUGCUCGACGUGAAGGCCAGCAAGGCGGAAGAGAUUUACGACAUCUUUUCAGUCGAUGUCAGUCGCAGUGUCCGCAGCUCGAUCAUGGAAGUUCUGGGAGAAGUCAUUGCAGGAUUCGAACACGAGCAGGUGCCCGAGUCCCUCCUGAACCACUUUUUGGCAAUGGGUCAGCAUCCCCUGAACGAUCAUGAGCGUGCCGUCAUGUGCGCCUUCAGCUUCCCAGCUGUUAUUUUGACUGCAGGUCGGUCGAAGUGGGAUAUCAUGAAGCCAGUAUACAUGAAGCUAGCUGGAACUUUUAGAACCCCAAUUAGGCGGUCCCUGGCUUGUUCAUUGCAUGAGGUUGCCAAGGUGCUGGGGCCAGAGCUGGCCGAUCAGGAUCUGGCCGUGGCUUUUGCUGAUUGUCUGAAGGCCGAGGACGAAGUCAGGGAGGGCGUGUUGGCACAUUUCAUCGAGUUUUUAGCCUGCCUUUCACCCGAAUGUCGGUCGGAAUCGCUUCAGCACUUGUACCGGGCAUGGAUCGAUCUGGAGCGCUCAAGUCAAUGGCGCACAAGGGAUACUCUUGCAGCACAGCUCCCAAGUCUCUGCGAAAUUGUUGACGGAAAGGACGUUCUGCAGGUCGUGAUGCCUCUGUGUGUCAAGGCCUGCACGGACACCGUCGCUGUUGUUCGCGAAUCUGGAGUCAGGUCGUUCACCGCAUUCUGGGAGAUCAGCGAUCGCUUCGGAUCUAUUCCUAUCCCCAAGGAUACUGAUUGCAAGCCUGACGGACUCGACUUUCCCGUGUUGGACGAAAAGGAAGCAGAUGAGCACCGGAGAAGGUCCCAGUCCCCCGAGCUCCUUUUCCAACAGCGCGACGAGGAUGAUGUCGAGAUGGAGGAUGUCACCGAGGACUUUGACAAGAUCUCUCGGGUUGUCGUAAAGGUUACCGCUGAACAAGAGUCCGAGUCGGAAUCGGAGGGAGAGCAGGAACAGAUGGACAUGGAAACCACAGAGCGAGCCUUUACUACUGUAAAGGAGCAAAUCGUUUAUCAGACCACCGACUUUGCUCUCAAUGGAGGGUUCAGGUCUCGCGUCGUUGCUGUCCAGAUCAUCCAGUCUCUGGUGGAGCAAGGUCUUUCGAUUCCAGAAUUCGAGGAGCACUUCGUGUCCCUUUUAGCGGACCACCUCGGAGUCGACUCUGUGGCCAACGUCCGUAUCUCUGUUGCCAAGGUCGUGAGCUGGGUUAUCAAUGGCUCGUAUUUCGGCGACCAGGCUGUCUCGCCCCUUAUUCAGGAACUGCAGGAAGCGUUGCAGCAGGACUCUGACCGUGAUGUCCGUGCGUACUCUGGAGGACCCGCCGAGUUGCCCAAGCCCAAAAAGUCCAAAAAGAAGAAGGCGACCAAGCAGAAGAAGGCGACCAGAACUGUCACGGUCUUUCACCAGAACCCCAAGAAUGGCGAGAUGGAGGUCAUGCAGCGCGAGGAGAACGAGGAUGGUACUGAGGUCCACGUGUUGUUUGAGGGCGAGGAUCUUUUGAGCGAUGACAAUGAUGCCGACGAGGACGACGAUGAUGACUCGGAUGAGUAUGACAGCAGUGACGAGGAGCUCAAGGUCGGGUCCCACAGACUGCCCCUGACCCUGGUCGGAUCUCGUUCAAGAAAGUCAAUUGACCCUUGGGACGAUGACAUGUCGCGUACCAAUAGCAAUGGACUGGAUCCAUUGUCAAGUUCCGACGAAAGUGACGAAGAUACAGAUGGAGUGGAUGGAGUUGUCCCCUCAGCAGCCCCCCAUGUCAACGGCACCCGUCCUCUCGAUAUCGAAGCCGGCGAGCCCCUGGAUUCCUCGAGCGAUUCGGACGAGAGCGAGCCUGAGCUUGAGAUGGAUUCUCAGGAGGAUGAUAUCGACUCGUCUGACAGCACCGCCAGCACUUCUUCUGACGCCGUUUUCGUUCCUCUGUCCACCACACCCAUCGCCAACUCGACCGCAACAUCGAUGACACCUCUGAGCUAUGCCGAUUCGGUCAGGAACAGCGACGAUACCAGGACAAGAGCAGCAACGGCAGCAGCACUGGCCAGCAAUGUCAGCUCAUUGACCUCGUUCUGCCAGGCAAACAUCCCCGAACCUCCUUGCCCCUCAACAACCAAGGAGUCAUUGCUGGAUGAUCACACCUUGUAUUCAUUCAGGUUGCCGUCAAAGUCGGGCGUCAAACUGCAGCUCUCGGCCGCGUCAAGCAACAAGGAGCCGAAUUUUGCAGUGCCACUGUCACCCCUGUUUCCAUCCCUCUCGUCCAGCAAUUCUUCAACAAGUUCAUCAUCUGCUAUAUCGAAUUACUCGACAUCUUCGGCAUCUUCAUCAACCUCUUCCUCAGCAGCAGCGGCGGCUGUAGCUGCAGCUUCACUUCCAUUCUCGUACGCGUCGGUGGUUGUCUCGGGCGCAGCUGCAGCUGCAGCGGCCGCUACUUCAUCCCGCGCAUUCUCACCGCCUCUCUCUCCUCCCAUGACCGAGACUGCCGUCGCAUUGACCUUUUAA